AUUCAGAUUUUCGUUGAGUACUCGACUACAUACACAUCACAGAUACUCGAAUGCUGUGAAUGUUUGAGUUUUUAUUUUCCUUUUAAGAAUUACAAAAUUCUGCGAGAUAAAUCGUGAUCAAAAUUGUAAAAAAAAAAAAAAAACCUUGUACCAUACCGUUAAUAAAUCAUCGUCAACUACAUCGAGCUAUUUUGCUUAUUCGGAAUAUUCAAUUUCAUUUCGGUUCACUCGGCAUGGAAUACUAAAACACCAGAACAAUUCUCCGUGACCCCCAAGUCGCUGGAUCCGAACCGCACAGUCCACGUCCACGGGACCGACUAACGAUCCUCGCCGGAUCCAGGGGAGGCUGACGACAUGCAAAUGCCCCCGGCGAACGUUCACAUGAACCGCCGCGACAAAGCGCUGAUAAACAAUAUCGCGAUAGACGCGAUAUGAAAAAGCUCGUCCCCUACCACUCUCACCCCUGACGCGCCCCUCCACUUUCAUUCCGUCAUGAUAGUCAGCGUGUCCGUCCUCGUCUCGCUUCAGCCGACGAUAUCUCCGUCUCGCUUCGAGUCUUGAGCAUAAUAACGUGACGUGGUUAACGGUCGGCGUUAGUCAGUACUCGUGCCGUCGCAUCGAUCGUAUCGAGAGGGACGCGCAAAAUUGCGUAACCGGUCUCCUAUACACACGUACACGCACACGGGCGCGCACACGAACGCAAACAAAACGUGCAAUCUCGCACGACGCUCGUACACAAACCAAUCCGCGCGCCUCUUAACGCCGGUUCGCGUGAAACCGUCGAACACUCCGCGAAAUUUCAAGCCGUCGAGAAUAGUCGAGUCGAUUCCCCGCCGGACGGGAGCCAAGUCAUUCGAGUUGUCACGCGGUAGAUUCAAACACGAAGUCGUUAAACCCGAGCUGGACGGCAGCGGUUAACAUCGACACCCUCCGUUUUCUCGGUACCACGAAGGACUCGAGGAAUAAGGCAGAGGCGAUCCAGCAGGAGAGUCCAGGAUGACGAUCACCGCGUCGUCCAUGGUGGUGGACUACCUGAUAUUCGUCGCGUGCAUCGUCGCCUCUUUCGUCAUACCGUUGUGGGGAAAGUUGCGGGGUCGUCGCAAGGAAACCACCAAGGCCGACUAUGUGUUCGCCACAGGAAGCGUAUCCAUGGGCGCCAUGAUGCUCUCAAUCGCUAGAGGAACGCUGGGAGUCAGAUCCUUCCUGGGCUACCCAUCCGAACUCUACUACAGGGGCAGCGCCAUGUGGGAGACCAUCUACGGCAUGCUGCUCGCGUACCCCAUCGUGUGCUUCGUCUUCGUGCCUGUUUACUACAGUCUCGGCAUCACGUCCGUCUAUCAGUACCUAGACAUGAGGUUCAAGUCGAAGCUAGUCAGAUGUCUCGCGAGCUUCUCCUACGUGAUACGCAGCCUGCUGAACUUGGCGGUAACGAUAUUCACGCCAUGCGUCGCUCUGAAGGCGGUGAUCGGGCUGCCAUACUGGGCCAGCAUCAUCGGGAUCACGACGAUAUCCGUCGUCUUCUCCAUCAUGGGAGGACUGAAAGCAGCCAUCCUCUCAGACGUUAUUCAAGGCCUGACGAUGAUCGGUGUUUCGUGCGUGAUAAUCAUUCAUGGCGCAAUUGAAAUCGGCCCCGAUAAAGUCGUGAAUGUGACGCACGAGCGUGGUCGACUGGACUUCUUCGACAUGAAUCUGGAUCCUACGUUGCGAGUGACGACCUUAUCGGCGACGUUAGGCCAGCUAUUCAUGAGCUUGUCCAUCUUUGGGUGCCAGCAGAACUUUGUGCAGAGAUACUGCAGCAUGACCAGUCAGCGCAAAGUUGUCAAGACAAUGAUGGCCAACAUGCCGAUAAUCUUCAUCCUCUUCUCACUCUCGUGGGUGGUUGGAAUGGUGAUCUUCGCCAACUACGCUGACUGCGAUCCCCUGUCGCUCGGCUACAUCUCCAAGUUCGACGAGAUCGUACCGUUCUACGUGGAGGACAAGUUCCUGAACAUUCCUGGAUUGCUGGGUCUGGUGAUGGCCACGUUGUUCAACAGCGCGCUGACCCUGGCGGUCUCGAACCUGAACUCGCUGGCUACGGUUACGUUCGAGGACUUUUUCGGUCAGAUGCCUUCGCUGAGGGAUCUGAAAGAUAAGCAGCAGCUGCACGUGAUCAAGCUGAUCAGCGUUAUCUACGGCGUGCUGAUAGUGGGCAUCAGCUUUCUGGUGGCGAUGCUGUCUGGUGUGAUCGAGUCGUCGAUGUUGAUGACGUCCGCGACGUCCGGCCCGCUGCUGGGCGUCUUCCUAUUGGCCAUGCUGGUACCGUGCGCCAACUGGAAAGGCGCUGCUGCUGGGAUGAUCUUCAGCCACGUGACCACACUUUGGAUCACUUUCGGGCAUCUGACGAUGACCAACACCGUGGAAACGUUGCCUUUGUCGACCGAGAACUGUCGCAACGACACGUUCUCGCCCUGGAUCACGAAGCCAGGUUACAUGGACUUCGGUGCUGUAAAUGUGUCCGUGAACAGGACGGGCCUCUUGACCGAGUCAAUGGACACCAUGGGUCCCAUAGAGUUCCUCUACAGUAUAUCCUACAUGUACUAUGCGCUGAUAGGCAGCAUGUCCACGGUAAUCGUCGGCAUAAUAGUCAGCCUGAUCACCGCCGACCCCAAAGGGGACAUGUACGAGGAGCACCUGCUCCAUCCCCUUGCGGUGAAGAUGUCGAGAUACUUCCCUGGAAGACGGAGACUCUACGCGAGCAGCACCAGGUUGCGGAACGAGCGCAACGGUGCUAACGCCACCUCCUCCUCCUCUGUGACCUCGAUCGCGAAUGGGGUGGAAAAGAACGGCACUCUCCAAGGGAUCGUGGAUGAUAAUGGGAAGCUUCACAUCGACAACGGUUACAUCGAGAAACUCAAUGCUCUUAAGGCCGUCUCGUUGGACGUGACCAACGAGGUCAACAAAGGUACACGGCUGUGAGGUUCGCGAUGGUGACUCGGGAUGAUUCAGGGAUUGUUCGCCUCUGUGGCUCUGCUGUGAUGAUCGAUGAACAUUGUUAAGUAGCUGCGAUACGGGAGCGACGAGGCCAGGACUUGUGGAGGAUGGCGUUUCUUAGGUUUAGUUUCUGGUAGUUGAGACACUUUUAGAGUAGGA